CUCUGGAGAGGGAAUGAAUGCCACUGCCACCAAUUCCAGUGGCUUCCACUAAGCCCUGCAUGCGUAAGGAGACACUUUAGGGUCCAUUUGAUUUCCCUUCUUCGAUGUCAGUCCUUGCCCGCUUCAUUUCUUUUCCUUUCUCCCUCCAGUUCACCAGAAGUUGUCUGCUGUCUCUCAGCAAGCUACAUCUUUUGCAGCACUGGCUCCGGAAUGCAGCUGAAAGCAGUGCUCUGCGCACUCCAGGGUAGCCAUGUUGCAUGGUAGCAGGUGAGCCAUGUCUUUCCAUUCUGGGCGAGGAUGUCCCCGUGGUCAGGGGGGACCAGGAGCAAGAACUUCAGCACAGACCUACCGCCCUCAGAACCUACGACAGCUUCACCCACAACAGCCCUCUGUACAGUACCAGUAUGACCAGCAAACAGCCCCUCCAACAACCUAUUCAAACCCUCCAACUACCGGUUACAUGCCUCCCAGGCCAGACUUUGUGCCCUAUCCUCCUCCAGUGCCCCCUUCCACGCAAAAUCCCAUCAGCCAGUGUCCCAUGAGGCCACCAUUUCCAAACCACCAGAUGAGACAGAGCUUCCCAGUGCCUCCAUGCUUUCCUCCUGCUCCUCCGCCAGUACCAAAUCCUAGCAACACUCCCGUGCCGGGAACUCCUACCGGGCAAAGCACCUUUCCUUACAUGAUGCCUCCUCCCACGGUACCGCAUCCUCCCCCUCCACCAGUCAUACCGCAGCAAGUCAACUACCAGCCUGUGUAUUCUGCAGGGUACUCACAGCAAGCGUUCCCACCACCGAACUUCAAUAGCUAUCAGCACAGCUCUGGCUCCUUUCAGAGCAGCACCACCAACAGCAGUGGUGGCAGCAGCCAUUUUCGCCACGCAGGUCAGUACCAGGGAGAGAAGUCUCAAAGCGAUAGACGGUCUCCUGACAGGAGCAAGCACUACGACGAGCACAGGCAUCGGGAUCACAGUCACAUCCACGGUGACCGGCAUCGGUCCGCUAACCAUGGGGAGCGUCGGGAUCGAGGCAGGAGUCCAGAUAGGAGGAGACAGGAAAGCAGUCGGCACCGGACCGAUUACGACAGGGGAAGGAUAUCGCCUCACCACAGAAGUUAUGAGCGUAACAGGGAGCGGGAAAGGGAGAGGCAUAGGCACCGUGACAGCAGAAGAUCACCAUCACCAGACAGAUCCUACAAAAAAGAUUACAAGAGGGCAGGAAGCCGGUCUCCAAGCAGAGAGAGAAAGAGACCCAGGUGGGAGGAGGACAGAGAAAGGUGGUCAGAGAACCAGAGCUCCAGCAAAGAGAAAAAUUAUACUGCUAUCAAAGACAAAGAAUCAGAGGAGAAUGCAUCUGAAAAAAAUGAAGAGGAAGAUGAGGAAUUACUUAAGCCAGUCUGGGUUCGCUGUACCCAUUCUGAAAGCUAUUAUUCCAAUGAUCCUAUGGAUCAAGUGGGGGACUCUACUGUGGUAGGAACAAGCAAACUCCGAGAUCUGUACGAAAAGUUUGAUGAGGAGUUAGGAAAGCGACAGGCAAAGGCCAAAGCAGCCAGGCCACCAUGGGAGCCACCAAAGACCAAGCUGGAUGAAGAUUUAGAGAGCUCCAGUGACUCAGACUGUGACUCUGAAGAUGACAGCAGCUGCUCUAGCAGUUCAGAUUCAGAUGUUUUUGACGUCAUUGCAGAAAUUAAGCGUAAAAAAGCACACCCUGAUCGUCUUCAUGAAGAACUGUGGUACAAUGAUCCAGGACAGAUGAAUGAUGGACCUUUGUGCAAGUGCAGUGCUAAAGCCCGACGAACGGGAAUAAGACAUGGCAUUUAUCCUGGCGAAGAGCCCAUUAAACCAUGUCGCCCCAUGACCAACAAUGCUGGAAGACUGUACCACUAUCGAAUUACAGUGUCACCUCCCACAAACUUCUUAACAGACCGACCUACUGUUAUUGAGUAUGAUGACCAUGAAUAUAUCUUUGAAGGGUUCUCAAUGUUUGCACAUGCCCCACUAACAAACAUUCCGCUAUGUAAAGUAAUCAGAUUUAACAUUGACUAUACAAUUCAUUUCAUUGAGGAGAUGAUGCCAGAGAAUUUUUGUGUGAGAGGUCUUGAGCUGUUCUCUUCAUAUCUAUUCAAAGAUAUUUUAGAGCUCUACGACUGGAAUCUUAAAGGUCCUUCACUUGAAAAUGAUACUAUUUCCUGCCCUAGAUUUCACUUCAUGCCGCGAUUUGUGAGGUUUCUUCCAGAUGGAGGAAAAGAAGUCCUUUCGAUGCAUCAGAUUCUUCUCUACUUGUUACGAUGCAAUAAAGCUCUGGUGCCUGAAGAGGAGAUUGCCAACAUGCUUCAGUGGGAAGAACUGGAAUGGCAGAAAUAUGCAGAAGAAUGCAAAGGGAUGAUCGUUAUCAGCCCUGGCAUGAAACCCAGCUCAGUUCGUAUUGAUCAACUGGAUCGCGAACAGUUCAAUCCUGAUGUAAUUACUUUCCCCAUUAUUGUCCACUUCGGGAUACGACCUGCUCAACUCAGUUAUGCUGGAGAUCCUCAAUACCAAAAGCUAUGGAAGAGUUAUGUGAAGCUGCGUCACCUGCUGGCUAAUAGUCCUAAAGUCAAACAGGCUGAUAAACAGAAAUUAUCACAGAGAGAGGAAGCACUGCAGAAAAUUCGUCAGAAGAACACAAUGAGACGUGAAGUGACUGUUGAGUUAAGUAGCCAGGGAUUCUGGAAAACAGGGAUACGCUCUGAUGUCUGCCAGCAUGCAAUGAUGCUUCCUGUCCUCACCCACCAUGUCCGCUACCAUCAGUGUCUGAUGCAUUUGGACAAAUUGAUAGGCUACACUUUUCGAGACAGGUGCUUGCUGCAGCUUGCCAUGACUCAUCCAAGCCAUCACUUAAACUUUGGAAUGAAUCCAGAUCAUGCCAGAAAUUCCUUAUCCAACUGUGGGAUUCGACAGCCAAAGUAUGGAGAUAGAAAAGUUCACCAUAUGCACAUGAGAAAAAAAGGGAUAAACACCCUGAUAAAUAUUAUGUCCCGUUUGGGACAGGAUGAUCCAGCUCCUUCCAGGAUUAACCACAAUGAGCGUUUAGAAUUUCUGGGAGAUGCUGUGGUGGAAUUCUUAACAAGUGUCCACUUGUACUACCUGUUUCCCACUCUAGAGGAGGGAGGAUUAGCUACGUACCGCACUGCCAUCGUACAGAACCAGCACCUGGCCAUGUUGGCUAAGAAGCUGGAACUAGAUCGAUUUAUGCUUUAUGCUCAUGGUCCAGACCUUUGCAGGGAAUCGGAUCUCCGCCAUGCCAUGGCCAACUGCUUUGAAGCCCUAAUAGGAGCUGUUUAUCUAGAGGGAAGCCUAGAAGAAGCAAAACAAUUAUUUGGACGUUUACUCUUCAAUGACAAGGACCUGCGGGAUGUAUGGCUUAAUUAUCCACUACACCCACUCCAACUGCAGGAGUCCAAUACUGACAGGCAACUCAUUGAGACCUCUCCAGUUCUUCAAAAGCUUACAGAGUUUGAGGAAGCAAUUGGAGUCAUCUUUACUCACGUUCGUCUUCUAGCACGUGCUUUCACUCUGAGAACUGUAGGCUUUAACCAUCUGACUCUAGGCCACAACCAGAGGAUGGAAUUCCUGGGUGACUCCAUAAUGCAGUUGGUAGCCACAGAGUAUUUAUUCAUACAUUUCCCCGAUCAUCAUGAAGGGCACUUAACGUUGUUGAGAAGCUCUUUGGUGAACAACAGGACACAGGCCAAGGUGGCAGAAGAGCUGGGUAUGCAGGAAUUUGCCAUCACUAAUGACAAGACAAAAAGACCUGUAGCUCUUCGAACUAAGACUUUGGCUGACCUCUUGGAAUCCUUUAUUGCUGCCCUGUACAUUGAUAAAGAUUUGGAAUAUGUUCACACUUUCAUGAACGUAUGCUUUUUUCCACGUCUAAAGGAGUUUAUUUUAAAUCAAGAUUGGAAUGAUCCUAAAUCUCAGCUUCAGCAGUGCUGCUUGACACUCAGGACAGAAGGAAAAGAGCCAGACAUUCCUCUUUACAAGACUUUGCAGACGGUGGGACCAUCUCAUGCCAGGACUUACACAGUAGCCGUUUACUUCAAAGGUGAAAGAAUCGGAUGUGGUAAAGGCCCAAGUAUUCAGCAAGCGGAAAUGGGAGCUGCGAUGGACGCACUUGAAAAAUAUAACUUUCCCCAGAUGGCCCAUCAGAAACGGUUCAUUGAACGGAAGUACAGACAAGAGUUGAAAGAAAUGAGGUGGGAAAGAGAGCAUCAAGAGAGAGAGCCAGAUGAGACUGAAGAAGCAAGGAAAUAAAAGGAGGGCACAGAAGCAGUGGCAUAUUUACUUACUUAAUAACUCUGACUGUGGCCUACAGAGACCUAACCUAGUUUCUUGCAGAUGAUGAAUGAAGAGUGCCUGUUGAUAUCAAAUAGAAAACCAUAAUCUCUUCUUUAAAAAGCGUGUGUAUAUAUAGUAUUUCUUUGGUUUUAAGUGCAAAGUUUGUUUGGCUUUUUAUUAACAUUUGGUUUUAAAUCCUUUUAAUUUUUAUGAAAAAUUGUGGGAUUAUUUUUAUUAUUUUUACUGUCUUGUAUGAAGUAAUAAAGUAUUAAUUUCAAAAGCCUGUAGGAGGAAAAGCUGUUUAACAGUUGUCUCCUAUAUCCAAAUGCUGUUUUGUCAGUGACAAGCAAAGUUAUUGCAUGAACUCCACCGUGGAGGGGGAAAGUGUUAUGAGAAACUAAUUCAGCAGAGCACUUAAGCAUGUGCCUAACAAGUUUUGCAGCUAAAUGUAAUUCUUGACUCUGCUACACCAGAGCCAUAAACUUCAGGUCCUUUUACAGAAACUGAUAGAGUAAUUUAAACAAAGGAGAUACUCAGUUUUGUUUUAAACAGUGGAUUCCACAUCUGGAAUGUGACACAGGUGUGUGUGGAACUUUAGGGGGUUUUGUCUUUAAAUCUGUAUAAUAAAACUCUAAGAAAAAGAAAAGAAAGGUAAUUAUGAAGCAAUAGAAUAACAACUUUUUUCACAGAAAAUGUACUGAGUUUACAAGUUUAGCAUCAUUCUCAACUUCUUGUUCUUUCAAACUGGUGUCUACUUUAAUGGUUUCCUUUGUCCAGAAGAUACCAGUGUGACCAUAACAGUUACAUGGUGUAUUAGAAACUCCAUAAAGGUGCUGUUCCAGAUAGGUUCAUUGCAAACUGUUUGCAUACAAAGGAAGACUUUGUCCCCAAGGUAUAGUUCAAAGGUGGCAUACAGUUUUAAGUUACCCAGUUUCCUUGAUUUUUGGUGCCUGGGGCUUGUAUUAGAGAGACAGAUGUUUCUUCUAUAAAAGCUCUGAAUGGUACCAAAAGUGGAACAUCCACUUCGUCUAUUGGUGUUUUUUUCCACUGGUUAUCUGGUUCAUUGUAGAUGUUGGUGUGUUGUUCAUACUUUUCAUUUUCCUGCUUCAAGCCAUCCAUUUCCAUUAUGCUGAGUUAUUAGUUAAAACAGUCCCUUAGUAAAUACUGUGUAGUCAUUUCUCUAGCUUUCUUUUCCAAUAGGUGAAACAAGAUACAGCUCUUGUUUUCCUCAACUGUGCAUCUUAUUACUGCUUCAGAUCCUUUUUCAUGAGUCAUUUACGCAUCUUUCCAGAUGUGAGUAGCACAGAUAGAUGUGAUAAGAUACCAGGCAGCUUCAUGAGCAUGGAUGCACAAGUCUGGCCCAAAGAAUUCAUACAGACUCCUGAAAGAAAACUUUUGCCUAAUGGCCACACUGCGCUGAGCAACUAAUUCAGCAGUUGUCUGAAGCACCUUUCUUUAGCUGUGUGAUGGGCAUCCAUGAAAGCACUUUAUUGCAGGUGCCAAAGUAGACACAAGUGUAGCUGAAAAGUUCAGACUGCCCAAAUGUCUUCCCAAAGUUUCACUUCUAAGCUAAUCAAUACGUGUAGUUUCAUAAGCACAUUUUUGUACACAUGCAAUGUGAGAUACACUUAAAUGUUGUUUUUUAAAAACUUGACCCCACAGCACUACCUCACUUCCUCCAGCUUCUGUGAUUGCUUUUUUUUAAUGGAUUGUUGCUUUAAAUACAUUUCAGAGGAUGAAAGGAGAAAAAAAAUGGACAAAAAGCAAACCAAACAUUCUGUAAUUUAGAGAGUGAUAAUAAACCAUUAAAAUAUAAAGGAG